AUGGCUUCUCGUGCAGGACGACGUGUUUUUGCGCAGGCAUUGCGACCGACAGCACGCGUGGGCCGCAGCACAGGCAGAAGAUGCAUGAGCACCGCCGAGCACGGCGCACAUUCGACGGGCAGUGACAAACCAUGGAUUGCAAUAUGGUUACUGUCUCCGCCGGCCAAGCAGGCUGAUCACCAUGGCCCUGCGCACGGUCAUGCGGAGAAGAAGGGCCCCUCUGUCCCUGUCGAGGGUGAUGAGGGAACCGAGGUUCCUGCGGAGGAAGGAGCAGACAAGGACGCCAUAACUGACGCGGAAGGCGUGACUGUCUCUGGCAAGGAGGUCCAAGAGUCGAUACAACAAGCUGCUAACGAAGACCUCCCUCCUGACGCUCAGGCCGCCGAGGAGAAGGAGGCCAAGGGUUCGUCUGGCUCGCCUGGCGGGAUCGAAGAGGCAGAGAAAACGCCUGACCAGAAAGAAAAGCCCGGCACGGCGCACACGGGAACCCUCCAGAGCGGCGACAAAUGA